CACAUGUUUCCUUCCGUUUCCAGUGAUCCACUUCCAUGGGCUUGCUAAGCAGAAAUAGCAGGUUCUUUUCUUCUUGGAACUUUUGCUCGGCAUCCUUCUGCAGCAUUUCCAGAGCAUUCCCGGCGAGACCAUGGACAAGCAGAGCUUUUCCAAGCUUGUAGAUGAGUCUCUGCACACGUUGAGGAGAAAGCUCUUAGAUGCCUUUCCAGAGGAGGAGAACGGACAAAGUCUUUGUGGCUCUGCACGUGGAAGUCCUAAGACUUUUGAGCUUCGAGGUGAGAAGGGCGAGAAGAGCUCCAAGAGUUCCUCUCAAAGGAUUGGAAGUCAAUCUCCAGAAGCCUCUCAGGUCGUUCCCACCACUUCUGAUGCGAGCCCUGUGAUGCUUGAUGUGGAGAUGCCGGAGACACCUGUUCAUUCGAAUCCCGACUUGGUGCCAGCUUUCAAGGGGAGCGAAGAGGAGGCUCGGGCGAUCCGCGGCCGUUUGCGCCUGCGACUGGGAGCGUUGAAUGAUUCCUUGGUCUCGGGGAAGGCCUUGUUCGAUGCCUGUGUGUCUUUGGGACUCACACGCUUCACGAUUGAGGACAUGAAUCUGUUUGUGAAUCUCUUGGCAAACUACAUUGAACUGGAAUUUGAGCGGGAAGAAGGUCAAGAAAAACCGAAGAGGCACAGUGUGAAUAGUGCCAACAUGUUCUUUUUCAAGAACCACCAAGAUGUGAAUAUCACUGGGAAGCCUGUGUGGAGAUGGCCCAAUGUGCAAUCGGCGAGUCGGACCUCAAUUGCGCGGAGUGCCUCAAUGCAGAUGCAGUCAUACAACUUGACAGAGCCUACCCUCGAGCGGAAAUUCAAUGUAGUUCCGGCUGCGCCAUUGAUGGAAGUCUUCUUAGCCAAGGAAAGUGAGACACACAGGAAGAUCUUUGGGCAGAGACACAUGAAGCAGUUUCAGGCCAUGAAAGAGAUCCUUCUGGCAGGGGACACAAACCGCCUUGUGGCUGAGCUGACAUUUGUUCGCAUCAAUGAUCUGGCCGCCCCACCAGAUGAAAAGAGCUGGGGAUUGCUUUUGGAACCCUUGGUGGCCUUAAUCAUCAUUUCAAACGGUGUGAUGGUGGGCUUCCAGUCAGAUGAAGAACAUUCAACAUGGCCUGGCUUGGACUAUUUGGAAGUGGGGCGUGAAGAAAGUGGAGACGUGUUUGCUACCUCGCUCUUGCGGUUUUGCCGCUUGAUUCGAUUGGUCCGUAUUGUCAAAGUUUUCCGGCUGAAGAUCAUGAAGGAUCUUCGUCUGAUGGUGAAAGGCCUCGUUGCAGGUAUCAAAACGCUCAUCAUGGCAUUUAUACUCUUGUUUACGGUGCUUUACGUCAUUGCGGGCUUUGCCACGAUGACCAUCGGAAACAGCCAGGAAGUCUACGAUGCCGAUUUGAAACCGUUCUUUCGGACCAUACCGGACUCCAUGUUCACUUGCUUCCGGUGCUUUACCGGCGAAUGUGUGAACCAGGCAGGUGCCCCAAUACAUGCAAUUUUGGCGGACAAAAUUGGUUUUGGUUUUGUCUUCGGGUACGUUGCGAGCUUUAUGCUGGUGAGUUUGGGCAUUUUCAACGUCAUUCUGGCCGUUUACGUUGACAUCACAAUGAAAGCGGCAAAGGAGAAUGACCUCACGGUUGAGCAACACUCUCGGGAGUCAAUACGCAUCGCGCGAAUAGCGCGGGAACUUUUGAAAAAAUUUGCUGCAGCUUUUAGACUAUUCCAGGAUAUGGAUGAAGGCGUUGAAAGAGGCAAGGGCCUAAAGAUAGCGCACUCCCACAAUUUCAUGGAUGGUGAUAUGCUUGAAAGCAUCGCAAUCACAAAGGAACUUUUCUUGAUGGUUAUUCAAGAUCGUCGAGUUCAAGGGCUCAUGGACGAAUUGGAACUCCCACCAGACCGUGCCAAUCUGUUUGAAAUUAUCGACGCAGACGGCUCCGGCACGCUGCAGCUUUCAGAACUUGCGCCGAGCUCAAACCAUUCUGAGGUCCGCAACGAUGUUUUAUUGUGGGCUGUAUGUGCAAUAGAAAAGGUAAACGAAACUAAUCUUGCGAUUCCAAAACGUGUCUCCACUCAAUUUGAGAUGACUGGUGCCGGCUUUGGUUCACCGUCUUUGGAACUUGCAGUGAAUUUAAUUGAAAUUUUCUGACGACAUGAAUAAACCGAAGAAACUCAGGAGCCACCAGCUCUGCCAUUCUGUUCGAGGCCCUCAUUUUCAAUCCAGAUUCCAUCGCGCCCUGCUUUCCUCAUGGAUGAGAGUGAAGUAGCACCACCAAGUGAAGCCAGUGAAGCGAGUGAAGCGUGCGAAGCGCGCUAAAAGGAGGGCUGAUGGAGUCGCCCUCCCGCGCAAGUCUCAUGCGAAGGCACGCACAAGAGAUAUAGGCAGAGUCCUUUUUGACUGUAUACAUUCAAUUAACGCACAGCAUCAACUCGGAUGCAAACAUAUGCUGAGAAUUGGAUCUUGCUUCGGAUCAACUGCGAUCAGCUUUACCGCGCAUGGAUUGCAGCGGUCUGACUUGGGCGAUGCUUUCAAAUUCGGAGGACGAGACGAAGAGACGAAGUCGCUUUCUCUCUUCUCUCCACAAGGAGAGUCGACAUCACCUGAUGUGGGACAACUCCAAAGGAGAAGUCCUCAAAGAGGGAAAGCUUUUCGAGGAAAUAUGAAGAUAUUUGCAGAUACUGAUCUGAAGAACUGAAGAAUCGGGUUCCAGUCGUUUGUCGCAAAAGAUAAUAUCACGCGUCGCACCUCAUGUGACCCAUUGCUGUGAGUCCUCUACCUUCCUUUGGGCGUUUGUUUGCUUUGUGCUGCCGUGGAUCGCUGCUUGGAGUGGGCUUCCUGCUUGCUGUGUAAGAGGCCUCCUCUCAACCUGCAAAAAAAAUUACUGUAUUACUGUAGAAAGUUUUGCAGCCAGAAGCUACAUGAUCAGAACACCCUUCCCGACACAGUACACUGUUGGACGCUUCUCUGAGAAGGCACUCUUGCGGCAUUUGGCCCAGUUUGGGUGUUGGUGAAGUUUGUGUGAUCAGAGUUGACGACAGCUUGAUGUACAGGUCGACUGUCUGGCGGAUAGGCGACGUGGAAGGUGUAGAGCUCAGUCUACGACGGAACUAAAGCCAGAUCGAGCAAAUCAACGCAGUAGCGUUGGUCCCUUCUGCCGGGCGUUGCAGCGGUCCUGUCAGGACAGUCACUAGGAGUAAAGUUCUGCAGUAGGCUGUACUUUUUGAUCCCUAACUCAUGCUAUGCUUGAUGAUCUUGUGACUGUUCUUUGAAGUGCGCACAGGCUCGUGAAUAUGUCGCCACCGUGGGCGGCCGUUUCUGUUCUCCUUCUUGUCGUAGAUGCCCGAGCGAUGCCCAAGUCAGAGUAGCCUUGCCAAGUCUUUCACUCCAAGUGCAUGUUGUAUGUGAAUCCUGCACAAGUGAACAUUGAGGAUUCUUGUGCGAGCAGGUUGGAGGCCAUCGCUACUAAGGUGGAGGCCAUCGCUAUUAGGUUGGAGUUGAGGAUUCUUGUGCUAGCGGCUCACUGACUUGAUCGGGUGGUGCGACCCGACUCCUGCCGAGAAUCCGGACGAACGUAUUGGGCUUGCAUAUAUCCGGUUGGAUAUGCACAUUGGUGGGUGCCAGCGGCGUUGGCCCAGGUGGGUGCCAGCGGCGUUGGCCCAGGUUGCUGUCUCCAGGAAUUGCAUUGCUGCUUGUGGCUGACAGAUAUUGAGCAAGGAUGCUGCUGUGGUGGCUCAUUAUUCUAGAGAGUGUCACAGUGUCUCCACUUGUGAAUGCUGUCCACGGUGACCGUUUGAAUAUGCCACCAACUAUCGUGGCCGUGGCAGCCGUGGCUUGUGUACGUACUUGUGAUCUGACCCCCCGACUCGGGCUGGUCCGGGUGGCCUUGUUCUUGGUCGUACCAGUCUCAAGUCUGGCAGGUCGGUCGUUUCAGAUCCAAGCACCCCUUUUUGAUCCUUUUUGCAUGAAAGAUUGUUGCCCACAAUGGUGAAACCGAGGAGUGAGUGACUCCCCCGCCACUUUGGCGUGAUCCAUCCGCACGAAGUUCCCAAGCUCCGUGCGGUAUCCCGCACGAACUUCGUGCGACAAUGGCCUCCCUUGUUGACGACUUGUUUGCGCACGCAUGUUGCAACACUGGCACGAGGCGGUGGCCAAUUGUUUUAACGGUGCGGUAGCGAGGCAGGAACGAACAUACUCUUCGAGGUGUCACGUCGGCACCCCAGGGUAAAAUCUGGAGGAAUCAGGAAGGUGCCAUUCCAACGUAGCGUUGCUUUUGUGAGCAGCCUCCAGGUUUGAUCACAAACGUGGAUGCCUUGGGCCAGUUUGGGGUAGGUUGGCUCAUGUUUGCCAGUGCAAAGCUUGGGCACAGAUGCAGUUAACUCAGGCUUGGCUGCUGAUGCACAAGUGGGCACAGUGGAC